AUGGCGGGCCUGGAGGGCGACGACGCCGUGGCCGCCGUGGAUCACAUCGUCACCCAGUUCAACACCUACGAGGAUUAUCUGGACUCGCAGAUCACCACGCAGGACCUCUAUUACUUGGAGAACGAAGACAUGGCCCGCCAGCUGGUGGAGCUGGGCUUCCGAGGAAGCGGAGAAGUGCUGAGGAGGGAAGACUUCUUAGCGAGGAAAUUAGCGGCGGAGGUUUCCAGGCUCUCCGAAAGGCACCAGCAAAAAAUAAUUAGUUCUUCA